UCGUAUUCUGUGUUCCUCUAAAUCUGAUAGCAAGCAGUCACGGUCAUGGUUUCCUUUCUGUUUAUGUCAUCACCUCAAGGAUCUCGGCAGCAGCAGCAUCUGCUUUUAACGAGGUAGUUCUUGUUUCUGUCUCUCUUGUCAGUUUUUGAGAUUCGAGAAUAUGUACAAUACAUACACAAACUCAGCGUGGUCGAUUAGAAGAGGAGGGUUUCACGAUCACUCCUACUUGCUCGCUGAGAGAUCUGAAAGAUACCCAUUUGCGGUAUCAUCGUCUUCGUCGAGAUUUUGUCGUGUUAAUCCUCGUUCAUGCUCUUGCUGUUGUUGUUGUUCGGCAUCGUCUUCAUCCUUUGUCAAGCCUCAGUUAUUCGUAAACCCCAGGUUCUUGCUUUAUGGGUUGAGCCAAUCCACCCUUAUUCGGUGGCCUUCGUUUCGGAGGAGAUUGUUGGUGGGUGGGAGUGACCGGCAUUUUGAUCGAUUUCUGGGUUGUGAAGACGAUGGGCAUCACUGUGAAGUUUCCUGUUCUAGCAGGGAGAGAUAUUGUGUUGGCGCAAGGAGGAAUCGGGGUUUUAGGCUUAGGGUUUCUGAAGAUCCACACGAAUGCUGUGAUGGAGAUGGUUUAGAUGAUGUGGAGGCGUUGAUUACGUUAUUGAGUGAGGAGGUUGUCCAUGGAUGCUCAUGUAGCAGGGAGAGAACUAGGAGCUCGGUUCGCAAAGUGGAAGAGAAAAAGAGGGUGAAGUAUGGUGGUGAGUUUGGUAGGGCAAAUGUGAGGCGGGUUGAAAUAGAAGAAAGAACUAAUUCUGGAAAUGGGAGAUCUACCUGGAAAAACAAGAGAGAUGAACCAGAGAGACGUGAGAAAGUAGGUAGAGAGGAAUAUCGGCGAAAAGAGAGAGCAGAAGAGGUGGGCGUACGAGAAAAUUAUGACUGUGAACAUUGUGGAAGAAGGAGAAAGAAAAGUUCGCAGUUGGAGAAUGGCUCGUGGCAAAGGCAUGCAUAUAAAUCAGAUGCUGUUGAAUCAAGAGGAGAAUCAUCUAGAAAGAGUGAGGAAAGAGAAGCUCGACCAACAAGGACAAAGAGCUCGAGUUGUUCAUCAUACUAUUCUCUUUCUUCUUCAGGAGAGUUUGAGAGCGAUAUCGAAGUUCAGGACGAGGCUGUGGGAUAUCAUCGUGAAAAUCAAAAGAAAUCGGAGAAGAAGCUUGUUGAGGUAUCAGCCAAAGGAUUGAAAUCUAGAAAGGAGGCUUCUCAAACACAUUCAAGGGGGAAAUUAGAUGAGACCGACAAUGGGAUGAGUUCUACUUUUCGCAAACAGGUCUAUGAGCAAGAGGGCAAAUCAAAUCAGACUGUGGCUUUAACCCGCCGAAGGCGAAAGCAGUAUAGUCAAACUGGUGGAAGGGUGUCUGAAUCGAGGAGGAAUUUUGAAGAAGAUACAGAAAUUCAUGAGAUUCAUGUCAACGACAUGGAAAUGAAUUCCAAAAAUCAAAAGGUCUUAAGUGGAAAGGAGGAGGACAACAGAGUCAUCUCAGUUCGAACUGAUACUGGAAGAGAAAAUAUCGAGAGAAGUACUCAGCAACUGAAUGAAAGGUCAGGAAUUCGGUACACUGGUGAAGAGAGAACUCUGGAAAUGCUGAGGCAGUCUAAGUAUAGUAGUGGACCGGACGAAGACAGAAAUGAGCUCCGGGAUUCAGUCCAGGAGAUAAACGAACAGCGUCGCCGAGCAGAAGAGAAGAUGUCUACACGAACCGGCUUGAGACAGAGAACUGAUCACGUCUCCCAAAUAUCAGAAAUUCAUAAUACGGAUAUUAGAAAUACCUCUGUCUCACUUGUUGAAAACUGUAUAAGAAACCAAGAAGCGCACACUAGUUUGGUGUCUGGGCUGCACUCAGAAGCAGGAAAGCAACAUUAUCGUAUGGAUCAAAUUCCUUCUCGAGAGACGCAGUCCAACAAAAAUUCUGUCUCUGUAUCACCUACAAGUGAUGUAAUAAGAGUUACAGAAUCCCAGAGAACUUCUGAAACGAGGAUAAGUGGUCAAGAAAGUACUUCAAUCGUGCAAUUGGGUUUCGGAGAGGCCUCAAGUUCACAAUCAUCUUUGACUUCGGUUUCGCAGAAUAGAUUACAGCAGGUAAAUCUGGAUUCCGAGGAGAUGCGCCCUUCACAAACAGUCUUGAUUCCUCCUCCAUCUCAAUCGGUUAACAGAGGCUCGGGGCAUAGUUUUCAGACUGGUGGAGCUACAAUUCAAGAUGUUUCCUAUGGGACUUCAGAAAGCCCUUAUGACUCUGUCCCUGAAAAUCCAGAGGGAGGAACUCAUAUAAAUAGCGGCUCUGCUGGAGAACUAAUGAGAAUUACGGCACACGAAGAUGCUCUAGGUUCAGCUGAAAGGUUGGAGCAAUCCUCAGAGCAACUUAUCGGGGAGUUUAUGGAGAAGGCCGAGUAUGUAGCCUCAAGUUCAGAGACCCAGGGGGAAAAGGCCGAAAGUUUGAAGCGACGGAACUCAAGGCAAUCUGGGGGUUCAGGAGGAAAGGGACCUUCAGAUGAAAUGUGGGUCACAGAUUCUGCUCGGGGAACUCCUCAACCAGGAGUGGCGGAAAGCACUGCAGCAGGUGGAAAUGAUAUUGUUAAAAGGAGUGGCAGGUCGUUGUGGAGUAUUAUUGCAGAUAUUGCUCGACUUAGGUGGAGUCCUCGAGCUGGAAGCCCUGACUCGGUUGCAAAGCCGUCUGGAAAGAGUUCACCGGAUGAGUCAGUUAGUACUGCAACAUGGUUUUCCGGCCGUGAACACCAUGAUGGAAGCAGUGAUGAUAAUGCGAAAGGGGAAAAACCCGUUUCGCUACAAGAAGCUGCAUCUCCAUAUCAGCUAGAGGUUGGACAAACUCCCUCUGGAAAUCAAUCUGAAUCUUCCAGUUCCAUGAAACUGAGACCGCAAUCCGGGAGGCAUGAAGUGUCUGUAUCAUCACCAUCUUCCGGGAAACUAGAACUUGGCUCGGCAUCCAUCCGCUUGUCGUCCAUGUCUGGUGAUCAAAGUGUUGGUAAGGAUGAAAAGUUCGAGACUCGUCUUCCUGAAACAGGUGCGACAGAAACACCGCUACUACUGCCAGGUCGAAGCCUGAGAAGGUCUCCCGUUAUAAAGGAGCCAUCAGAAUCUAGUCCUGCCGGCCAAAAUGCUGGUAGAAAAGAAGGAAGAAGCUUCCAAACUCACGUUCCUGCCACUGGGACAGUACAAAAGCCAUCAUUACAACCAGGUCACAGCCUGAUAUCUCCUGUUACACAGGAAUUCCCUCCGUUGCCUCAUCUCACUAUGGUGCCUGGUAGUAGCAGCUCGAGAGAACAAGAGGAACAACAGCCUGUAAGUGCAAGAUCCCACGAGGAAACAGCGAAAGAUUCUGUGUCGAAACAGAAGAAAUUUCAGAGGAACAUGCAGGUUGUGAAGGACAGAUUUGACGAGUGGGAAGAAGCAUACAGACAAGAAGCAGAGAGGAGAAAGAUUGAUGAAAUGUUCAUGAGGGAAGCAUUGGUAGAAGCGAAGAAAGCUGCUGAUAUGUGGGAAGUGCCUGUCGGGGCUGUGCUUGUGCAUGAUGGGAAGAUUAUUGCACGUGGUUGUAACCUAGUGGAGGAGUUGAGGGAUUCAACCGCUCAUGCGGAAAUGAUUUGCAUUCGAGAAGCUUCACAAGUACUCCGAUCAUGGAGGCUUGCAGAUACGACACUGUAUGUAACACUGGAACCAUGUCCGAUGUGUGCUGGAGCAAUACUUCAAGCAAGGGUCAAAACUCUCGUGUGGGGUGCUCCCAAUAAGCUCCUCGGAGCAGAUGGCAGCUGGAUCAGGCUGUUUCCGGGGGGAGAGGGGAACGAUGGAUCGGACAAGCCAGCGGCUCCAGUCCAUCCAUUCCACCCAAAAAUGACGAUCCGGAGGGGAGUUCUUGAAUCAGAAUGUACAGAGUCAAUGCAGCAGUUCUUUCAGCUCCGGAGAAAGAAGACAACAGACAAUAAGACAACAGACAAGAACUCAGACCUUCCUGCUGUUCAUCAUCAUCAUCAUCAUCAUCAUCAUCCUUCGAAACUCCUUAACAAGAUGCAUCAGAUCUUACCCUUCUUCUGUAUUUAGUGUCAUCUCUCUUACACACCCAGAUGAGAGCGCGUGAGUUUGAUCGUUGAGAUUCUCUGAGUUGUAUAUUUUUAUCCACGUUCGUGUGUUGUCUUUUGUCAAAAAAUGCGGAAGAGACCAGGCAGGGUUAUAUUUGUAAUGCUGUUCGUUACUGUCA